AUGGCACAAUGCAUCUUCGGGACCAUCAACGUGGAGACCCGUUUUCCCUUGGCCCAUCCUGUCGAUAACCGAAAAUCUCGUUCUGACCUAGUUACUGAAGAUCCUAUGGGUCUGCCAAGUACCAAGAGCCUUCGCUUCCCCGUUACAGAACACGGCCGGGAUCUGAUUGAUUCCCUCAAUUAUUCUGGACAUCUUCUCCAGAUUUACCAAGACACUGGGUCCCUUGGACCGCAUCGACAGCCGGCGUCUACCGACAAUCGCGAAUAUCGUUUAAUUCGCAGCCCAAGUCGUUAUGCGAGAUUGAUCAUGUCAAACGAGAGCCGCGUGAUUUCCUCAAUCGGCCCUGAGAUCCGGAAAGAGGCGUUUUUAGUCCCCUCGUGCUGA